UGAUGUAUUGCAUAAACUAGUGGGUCAGCAAUAUGUAUUCAUUGUAGGAGUAGGAUCAAUGCAACGAUUACUUAUUAACAGAUCUCAGAAUAAAACCAGGCUCCCUGCACCUUGUUUGACAAGCACGCAUUGUUGAAAAUGAAAACAAUGUUGUCCUUCCUUUUGCUAAUUUCUAUUCCAAUAUUAAUAUCUUCUGAAUUCAUUUUAACCGAAUCAGAGCAGCCUCAGAAUGAUUAUGUCGAUACUCGGACAAAUAUUCUUGGUCCGAGAACAUUGAAGAAGAGAAGUAUCGACACUCAUGGCACAGAACCUCUGAGGGAGCUUGAAAUCUGUGGCAUGAAGAUUGAUUCCAAAGUCACGUCUCGAUUUGCUCACAAUGUGAUAAUUAGCCGAGUGGUGAAUCGAGCUAAUGUAUCGAAGGAAGCCUUCUUUGAGAUCGAGCUGCCCAAAACCGCCUUCAUCAGUAACUUCAGCAUGACUCUGGAUGGAGUGACCUAUGUGGGAAUAGUGAAAGAGAAAGAAGCCGCCCAGAAACAGUACCAACAAGCAGUUUCACGGGGACAGACUGCAGGGCUCGUACAGGUAUCCGGAAGAAAAAUGGAAAAGUUUAAAGUUUCAGUUAAUAUUGGAUCAACCAAGAAAGUCACAUUUGAAUUAACCUACGAAGAAUUAUUAAAACGGAACCUGGGUAAAUAUGAAAUGAACAUCCGAGUGAACCCAAAGCAACUGGUAAAACAUUUCCAGAUUGAUGUACACAUUUUUGAACCACAAGGCAUUUCCUUUCUGGAUGUUAAUUCCACUUUCCAAAUGAAUAAUCUGACUUCUCUUGUGAAAAAGACACUAAGUGGAACAAAGGCGCACAUAUCCUUCAAACCAACUCUGGAACAACAGCGUAAAUGCCCUGACUGUCAUGACACGGUUCUGAAUGGAGACUUCUUUGUAUAUUAUGAUGUCAAUAGAGAUUUGUCUGCUGGCAGUAUCCAGAUUGUAAAUGGAUAUUUUGUGCAUCAUUUUGCACCAGCUAACUUAACCAAGAUUCCCAAAAAUGUUGUGUUUGUGAUAGACCACAGUGGAUCCAUGUCUGGGACCAAAAUGCAUCAGACAAAUGAAGCUCUUUUAAAAAUUUUGGCUGAUAUGCAUGAACAGGAUCAUUUUGCCAUCAUUAUCUUUGAUCAUGAUUAUUCAACAUGGAAAGAUACUGUUUUUCAAGCAACUCCAGAGAAUGUGGCUGAAGCUAAAAAUUUUGUAAGAACUAUACACGCUUCAGGAGGAACAAAUAUUAAUGGUCCCAUGCUGGAAGCAGUGCAACUUCUGGACAAAGCUCAUAGAGACAAGCAACUGCCUGAAAGGAGUAUCUCCAUGAUUAUUCUGUUAACUGACGGUGAUCCAAACAGCGGAGAGUCAAACCCAUCAAAAAUUCAGGAAAAUGUUAAAAAUGCUGUACGGGAAAAGUACAAUGUGUACGCCCUUGGGUUUGGUUACGACGUGAAAUUCAGCUUUCUGGAGAAAAUGGCACUGGAGAAUAAUGGUAUUGCACGGCGGAUUUAUGAGGAUUCGGAUGCCCCCUUACAACUGCAGGGAUUUUAUGAUGAAGUGGCAAAUCCCUUGCUUUUGGAUAUUGAAAUUCUGUACCCUGAGAAUGCCGUUUCAGAUUUAACUCAAACCAGUUUUAGACAAUAUUACGAUGGGUCAGAAAUCGUUGUGGCGGGCAGGAUUUCAGACAAUUCUCUACAAAUACUUACAGCAGAGGUCAAUGCUCAAACAGCCAAUGAAAAUCUGACUUUAUCUGCUGAUGUGAAUAUACCAGAGGCUGAGAAUAUUAUUCAACAGCAACAAUACAUUUUUGGUGACUUUACUGAGCGACUGUGGGCUUAUUUGACCAUACAGCAACUCUUAGACCAGCGGGUUUCUGCAAGAGCAGAUGACAAGAAAAACCUCACAGAUGAAAUUCUGUCACUUUCGCUGAAAUACAACUUUGUUACAUCACUGACGUCAAUGGUUGUUACAAAACCUGAGGAUACCAAGGAUGAAACCUCUGUGGCUGACAAGCCAUCUGAUGAUGAGAGACCCGAGCAACGGAGAUAUUACGCUCCUCCCGCUUCUAUCCCAUCUUCAUCCUACACAUAUGUUGACAGUGAUCCCCAUUUCGUCAUUUCAACCAACAACCACAGAGAUGCCGUUUGUUUCAACAUUGAUGGGAAGCCUGGUUCAGUCCUAAACUUGAUCUCGGAUCCACACACUGGUUUUGUGGUAAAUGGCCAGUUGAUUGGAGAUAAAAAGGUAGAAAAAAACAACAAAUUAAGUACCUAUUUUGGAAAAUUUGGAAUUGUGAACAGCAACAUGGAUGUAAAAGUGGAAGUAUCGACUCAGGUGAUCACAGUGUUUCAUGGAGAGGACAAGAUGGUUUUCCCGUGGUCAGCAACUGCAUCUGUAACAAAACAGAGCUUCUCAAUCUCAAUUGUGAAAGAAAGGAAUCUCACACUCAGGAUGGGAGAUGACGCAUCAUUUGUCAUCGUGCUGCAUCGCGUCUGGAAAUAUCAUCCUCUACACCGGGAUUUCCUGGGAUUUUAUACACUCGACAGCCACAGGCUCUCCAACAUGACCCAUGGAUUACUUGGCCAGUUUUACCAUGGAGUGAAUGCUGAGGUAUAUGACAUGAGCCCCAGCUUAGAUCAAGGCAAACCUCAUGCGACAAUGGAUGUGAAAGGUCACAAACUCAGGGUGACAAGGGGGUCCCAGAAAGAUUACAGACUCAAUCUGAAACAAGGUACCAACGUUUCGUGCUGGUUUGUUCACGACAACGGGAAAGGAUUUAUUGACGGAAUUCCCACUGACUAUGUUGUUCCUUCGUUAUUUGAUUAUUUUUAUCCAAGUGGUGAGAUGGAAUGGUGAAAAUGUAUCCCUUUGCCAUCCCUUUCCUGGUUUUAUUGUUCAAUCACUACAUCUUAAACACGAUACAGCUGCACCCAUUUCCUCUCUUUCAAUCAUGGAUUGUUGCAGUAAUUUAUAAUGGACGUUGCACAUUGAGCUGACAAGUAUCAAUCAUAGUACCUUGUGGCCAGACACACAAUGCUGGAGUAACUCCACGGGACAGGCAGCAUCUCUGGAGAAAAGGAAUAGGUGACGUUCCAGGUCGAGAUCCUUCUUCAGAGCCCAAAACACCACCCAUUCCUUCUCCCCAACGAUGCUGCCUGUUCUGCUGAGUUACUCCAACAUUUUGUGUCUAUCUGGCAUCUGCAGUUCCUUCCUACACAUAGCACCAUGUGGUAUCAACAGCAAUUGUCCAUUCACCUGAUGAUGGCACAUGUUAAUAUAGACUGAACUCCUUGCCAACUGAGUGGGAAAGAUUUAAAAAACAGUUUCCGCCAAGCUUCCUAGUUUAAUUCAAUAACCACUUUGACACAAUACUAAUGACUCUAGUGGCAAUGAUGAC